AUGGCACAGAGUCAAGUAGCACCCGCUCAGAUUCCACAGAGUGAGAUAGAUAGUAUCUUAGUAAAAGAAGGAAUUGCACCAUUGCAACUUGCAACAGCUACAAUUUUCAAGACAUAUCAAUGUACUGAGAUAACUCCUGAUGAUGUCAAGCGUGAAUAUGGGUCGGCUGAAUUUAAUUUCUCAGUCCUUGAAACAAAUUUUGCAACUCAUUGCAAAGAUUACAACGACCUAAUAUCAGAAAAGGCUUCUGUGGCAAUAGAAUUUGCCAUAAAAGUGAUAUUUGAAUCUGGACCUCAGUUGAGGACUGAAAAGAAAUCAAAAGGGGAUAAAGUAGUUAAAUUUAACUUUUAUUUUAUAUUAAAAUCAGUGGUAAUAGACUCU